UAAAAAAACAUCAAUCAUUUCGUCAUGCAUCAAAACAAACCAACCAAUUUUCACUACCCAAAACCGGCUCAGUUCCAAAAAUCGACUCAGUUGUUUUCGUGAACUGACCGAGCAAAGAUGGAGAUCGGGCUGAUAACGCUUGGGUUAAUUUUAACCGCGCUUGUGCUUAUCUAUCGGAGGAUUACCCACAAGAAUGACUACUUCCACGAUAAACCUAUUCCGUCGAUGGCGGUCCAGCCAAUUUUCGGAAGUACGGCUGGGCCAAUUUUGAAUCGGACUACCUUCAGCGAAUUCAUCGGGAAGAUCUACAACAAAUAUGCGGGUGUUAAAGUUUUCGGUUUGUUCGACAUGACCAUGCCAAUGUUCGUGAUUCGAGAUCCGGAACUUAUAAAAAACCUCGCGGUCAAACAUUUCGACCAUUUCGUUGACCAUCGGCCGUUGUUCGAGACUUCGAAUGAAAGUCCGGAUAUUUACUUCAACAAGAUGCUGAUCAGUCUGACAGGACAAAAAUGGCGAGAUAUGAGAGCCAUGUUGAGUCCAGCUUUCACCGGCACCAAAAUGCGUACGAUGCUGGGACUCAUGACGGGAUAUAGUGAACAAGCGGUUUCCAUCCUGAAGCAACAGGCUUCUCGUUCCGGGGGAUAUUUACAUUACGAAAUGAAGGAUCUCUUCAUCCGGAUGGCCAACGACAUCAUCGCAACGUGUGCCUUUGGACUGAAGGUCGAAUCAAUCGAGAAUAGCGAAAAUGACUUUUUCCGGAUGGCACAGCGCAUGUUUAAUUCGAACAAACUUAAAAUGAUGGCACGCAUUUUGACCUCUAGAAUCUGGCCCGGUCUGUUGUCGAAGUUUGAUAUCGACUUGUUCGAUCGGGACAUUACCAAGUACUUUUCCCAAAUUAUUCGGGAGGCAGUCCGGACCCGCAAAGAGCAGGGCAUCGUUCGACCGGACAUGAUCAAUAUGUUGAUGCAAGCCCAGCAAGGAACGUUGAAACAUGCCCAAGAUCCCGCCACCGAAGCGGACCAGGAUGCAGGAUUUUCAACUGUUGAGGAAUCAAAUGUUGGCAAACAAUCGAUUUCGAGAGCAAUCAGUGAACCGGAAUUUAUAGCUCAAUGUUUGGUAUUCUUCGUCGGUGGGUUUGAUUCGAUUUCUUCGAUUUUAACGUUCGCGUCCUACGAGCUAGCCGUGAAUCCAGAUGUUCAACAACGGCUGUACGAAGAAAUUCAGGAAACCAAUAAAAAUCUUCAAGGUAAACCUCUGGACUACGAUACCCUCCAGAAAAUGAAAUACAUGGAUAUGGUCAUUUCCGAAACUUUGCGUCACUGGUGUGCUCCAGCCCUAGAUAGAAUUUGUGUGCAGGACUUCCACUUCGACGAUGGCAAUGGGCUGAAGUUCACCAUUGACAAAGGAACCAGCAUUUGGAUCCCGGUUCAUGGACUUCAUCACGACCCGAAGUACUUCCCCAAUCCGGAAAGGUUCGACCCAGAAAGGUUCAACGAAGAGAACCGAAAGAACAUCAACAUGGAUGCCUACAUACCGUUUGGAGUUGGACCUAGGAAUUGUAUCGGAUCCCGUUUCGCGCUGAUGGAGAUGAAAGCUCUGCUCUUUGCGGUACUUAAGGAGUUCUGUCUCGAAAGAACUGCAGAGACCCAGGUGCCGCUGAAACUAGCCAAGGGAUUGAUUUCACUUAACAGCGAGAAGGGAGUUCAUUUGAGAUUAUCAUUGAGACAGUAAAUGUUUGUCUACGGAACAUUCAUCCAUAUGCAUUUCUUUUUCAAAAACAUGUUUACUAUCAAGACUUUUGAAAUGUUUGAAUGUGUUAAAAGUUUGUGAAAUCAAAUUGAAGUGAUAACAAACAUAUUUUGACCAAUUGUAACUGAAAUUCAAUAGAUAUUUACUUUUUAAAAUAUGUAAAGUG